AUGCCUUCUUUCGGCUUCCUUCUUCUCCUUCUCCCUCUAUUAUUCGUUUCUGGCUCUGCCGAUUCUGAUAGCUGUUUCUUCCCGAAUGGCAAACAUGCCGGUUCCUCUGCGAGUUGCUGGGAAACAACCGGUAACCAGACGGCCUUGUGCUGCCAAACCGGCGGCCUGUGCCUCAACAACAAUGUCUGCGCGGUCAAGUCCCGUACGGGCACCUCUAGCUACUAUCGCGGAUCUUGCAUCGACUCGACUUGGUCAAACCCAAAAUGCCCGCAUUUUUGCGAGGGCCCCGGCAGAAACGAUGGAAUAGUGCUACUGCACCGGUGCAGCGGCGACGAGACGGCAACCAAGUGGUUUUGUGGAAACGAGAAGAGUGGCCCAGACAAUAAAGACUGCGCGUCGGUCGAUGGCGAUGUUGAGAUUCCCGACGGUAUAUAUGUCUACGCCACGGCGGGCAACACACCGAUUUCGCUACCUGCAAUCAGUUCAGCUAAAGAACGCCCGACUAGGACAGGGGACACUCUGGAUAACAAAGUGACCGCAAGCCUAAUUCCGCCGCCGGGUACCUCUCGAGCCACCGGGGGUCCUGCUCCUGCCAGCUCGUCGCCAGCCACGACUGCGCCAGGCGUCCCGCCCCCGGUUCCUUCUGAUGCGCCGGAGGACGAAGAUGACGAGUUCGGCUCCGUCAUCCCGAUUGGCGUUGGAGUUGCCGUCGGCACAUCCAUCUUGAUCGCCGGCAGCGUCAUUGUCUUCUUCUACCAACGUAAGCGGCGCCGGCAGGCACCGGUGCGCGCCGAGACCCCGCCGCCUUUCGAGUUCUCACUCAUCGGCCGCCAGGCUCCCGGCUGGCUGACGCCCUCGCCCGACGCCAGGCUGCGCGAGCCGCAUGGGGCGGCCAAUAUGCAUGGCGACGUCAAAGGCGCGCCGGCGGCCGCAAGCGCUGCACGUUAUGAGCUACCUUGA